AUGAUUAUGAAUGUACAGAAAGCAAUUGAACAUAAAAUCAUACAACAAUUAAUCAAAAUUGCAGAUGAAAUUGACAAUGAAUUCAAUGAUAAUCAGUUAAAACGAAAAUGUGAAAGAAUUUCUCAAUCGAAUUAUGGAUCUUUUCAAUGUUCAGUCAUCCAUAAUAAGCUCAAAUCAAUGAAUGAAGAAAACAAGCAACAUCAUGAUAAAAAAGAAAAACAUAGUUGGAAACAAAAACACAUUUUACAUAAAUCAAAUAAAUAUUUAUUUAUUACAAUUGGGAUAUUUUGUAGUUAUUUCUUAAUCAAACGAUUUACAAGAUGA